AUGCUAGCUCGUCGCUAUGAUAAAUCUGGUAGGCUCAGACGAUCUGUGAAAUUUGUAGUUGCUGAAUCCAAACUAGAAGCGGAAUAUAUCAGACGAUUUCUUGGUCAACUAAGUCCUUUGGAAGAAUCUCGAUUAUGUGAACUAAAAUAUAGUUUGCAAAGCCAUCAUAAGGGAAAACUUCCUAACGAUGCGCAUUUGUUGAGAUUUCUGAGAGCUCGCGACUUCGAUGUGGCAAAAGCCAAAGAGAUGGUUCAUAAUAGUAUUAUAUGGAGAAAGCAACAUAGUGUAGAUAAGCUUCUUCAGGAAUGGACUGCUAACUCUGUGGUAGCUCAAUUCUUCCCCGGUUGUUGGCAUCAAAGUGAUAAGACUGGUCGACCUGUUUUCUUGUUACGGUUAGGUGCAUUAGACAUUAAAGGUCUUAUAAGAUCAUGUGGUGUCGAAGAUGUAGUCAAGCUCACAUUAUCAAUUUGUGAAGAAGGAUUGAACAGAACUGCAAGUGCAACUGCAGCCAUUGGAACUCCUAUAAGUUCAUGGACUCUGCUGAUUGAUCUAGAGGGUUUAAGUAUGCGUCAUUUGUGGCGACCAGGAAUUCAAGCAUUGCUUAAAAUCAUUGAAAUCGUUGAAGCAAACUAUCCAGAGACAAUGGGACAAGUUCUAGUUGUUCGAGCUCCAAGAGUUUUUCCAGUAUUAUGGACUUUGAUCUCACCACUCAUCCAUGAGAAUACACGAAAUAAGAUAAUGAUUAACUGCGGUGAGAGUUGUAAUGAUGAAAUCAGAAAGUUCAUUGCUGAACAAUACAUUCCGGACUUCUUGGGUGGAACAUGCAUCACCAAUUGCAAUAAUGGAGGACAUAUACCUAAAGCUUUGUACAGAGAUACUGAAGAGAUUUCUGAAGAUUCUGACAUCUUAGCAUCGAACUAUAGCAAAGCGGCCAUCAGCCGUUCAGCCCCUUUCGAAAUAGUUAUCCCGAUCAGUACUACUGGUUGUGUUCUGACUUGGGACUUCGAUGUUCUCAAGAAUGAUUGCUCAUUCGCCGUAUAUCAUACUGAUAAAAUGCUGGAGAAAACAAAGAGUGCUUCAUCUUCUCCUCCACAUAGCCCUACAUCUCCGACAGCUGGAAUGAUGGACGGAUUCUUGUCGAAUCACACAAAAUUCGAAGUGGCAUGUGAUCCUACAUUGCAAAAGGAUGUCAACUUGACAAUCGAAGAAGAAUCAGUUACAUUCCAAGAAGGAGAUUCCAUGCAGGGCUCUCAUUACUGUUCGAAGCUUGGCACUUAUAUCCUGCAAUGGAAGUUGAAUGACCAAGGACGAGACACCCAUCAUCAUAACCAUAGUACAUCUAUCGAUUUUGGAUUGGGCAAUCACAAGUGCAGAAUAAUGUAUUACUAUGAAAUUCUAGAUUCUCAAGAUUUUAGAGGUUCCGUUGCUUCUCUUGAAUCUUCACGAAGUUCCUUCAGCUCCAUAGCUCCUCCAUCUGCUCCGCCUACUCCUAAAGCAAAAUGA